CGCGUUCAGAGUGAAAGAGGAGGAGGAUGUUACAGUAAAAGAAGAGGAGAAAGAGGCGGAUGCAGUUUUUGGAGUGAAAGAGGAGGAUGAGAAGAUGACUGUCACAUUGGAGGAAGAAGAGGGUGUUGGAGAUCUGUUAAACACCAGAGAGAGACGUGACAAUUGUGGAUCCUCUGGGGAGCCUCAACAACCUCAUGAUGCUGACAAGGCAGAGAAGAGUCUCUCCACAUUAGAUCACCUCAAGAAACACCAGCAGAGAUCCAAAGGGAAGAGAACUCACUGCUGCUCUGAUUGUGGGAAGAGUUUCACCUCCUCAGGCAUUACAAUUCAUCAGAGAAUCCACACAGGAGAGAAACCUUUUAGCUGUACUCAAUGUGGGAAGAGUUUUACUCAGUCAACCAGCCUGAUAUCACACCAGAGAAUCCACACAGGAGAGAAACCUUUUAGCUGUACUCAAUGUGGGAAGAGUUUUACUCAGUCAACCAUCCUGAUAUCACACCAGAGAACACACACAGGUGUAAAACCCUAUAGCUGUGCUCAUUGUGGGAAGAGAUUCACCUCCUCAAAAGUCGUUAAUGUACAUCAGAAAAUCCAUACAGGAGAGAAACCUUUUAGCUGCUCUGACUGUGGAAAGAGUUUUCUACUCUCAGGACAAUUAAAAUCACACCAGAGAACACACACAGGAGAGAAAACAUGUAGCUGUGAUGAAUGUGGGAAGAGCUACACUACAUUUAACAAUCUGAUGGUACACCAGAGAACACACACAGGAGAGAAAUCUUAUUGCUGUGGUCAAUGUGGGAAGAGUUUUACUCAGCCACAUACCCUGAUAUCACACCAGAGAACACACACAGGUGAGAAACCUUAUUGCUGUGGUCAAUGUGGGAAGAGUUUUACUCAGCCACAUACCCUGAUAUCACACCAGAGAACACACACAGGAGAGAAACCUUAUAGCUGUGAUCAAUGUGGGAAGCAUUUUACUCAGUCAAGCCACUUGAUAGCACACCAGAGAACACACACAGGAGAGAAACCUCAUAACUGUGCUCAAUGUGGGAAGAGUUUUACUACAUCUUGCCAGCUAACUACUCACCAGAGAACACACACAGGAAAUAAUCCUUAUAGCUGUACUCAAUGUGGGAAGAGUUUUACUCAGUCAAGCCACCUGAUAUCACACCAGAGAACACAUACAGGAGAGAAACCUUAUGGCUGUGAUAAAUGUGACAAGAGAUACUCUGAUAAAAGAUACCUGAUUAAACAUCAGAAAAUACAUGCAUGAAGGAGUUUUUUCAUUAUAUCAAACAUUGUAGGAGUAUUUGUUUGCUGAUUGUCUCAAGGGUGGGCAGUCAAACAGUUUUGUGUUUUGCUUUUAGCCAGUGAAUCACAAUUUAUAUUGACUGCAAGUUUUUCCGUAUUGGAGAUGAGUUAUGUUUGGGCUCGUUCCAAGGGGACGCUAUUGAGUUUUAGGAAGACUAGAGUUCUAGAAGCUAGUGAGUUUUAGGAAGAGGAGAGUUCUAGAAGCUAGUGAGUUUUAGGAAGAUGAGAGUUCUCGAAGCGAGUGGAGUUUUCUUUACAAAAUUAGUUUUAGGAUUCUAUAGAAAGAAAAAGGUGAUAAAUAACACUAUUGUAUAUUAUUUUUUAGAAAUAAACGUUUUUUUCCCUUGUUUUUAAUUGUUGACAGCCAGUAGACACCAUGUUAAUAUUGUAGAAAGUGAAGCAUUGUAGUUGAUUAUAAUGUUAAAUGGAAGUUGUUUUCUGUUGGUGAGCAAACUUGUCCAACAAAAAUAUAGGAUAUAUUUCUUUUUGGUUUGCUUCCUGUCUUUAAGUUUGAUGUGGGUUAUUAUUUUAUUCUUUUCUUGGGCAGAUUUAGUGGGUCUCUUAGUGGGUGUCUUUUAUGUCCCAGUUGUUGUUACUAGUCAACUUUCAGGGGAUACUGAGAGCAAAAAUUGCAUCAAGUGGUUGUUUUCAUGCAACAGAAUAGAGGGUUCUUAUAACUAUUGUGUCUGUGUGUUCUACUGAGGAUGGUCCUGAAAACACUGACAGGAGAUUUACAAUGUCUUUUGGGUGAUGAUAUCUAAAGAGACUGCAUUCCAGAGCAUGAGAUAAUGUUUCUUUCUAUAUGGUACCAGGGAGAAAUGACCUCAGGGCCAGACCCUGGUCUCUACACAAAGAGUACUGUUUUUACAGCAGAUACUGUCUGCUGUGAAUUAUAAGUACCUUUCAUACAAAUCUUAAUCUUGUGACCCAUUCUAUACAUCUGUUGUUCAUCAUGUAGGUUGAAAGCGGUGCAUCUUGGCUGUAAAAGACCUUUGUACUUUUGUCUCGUGGCUCUCAACGAAUCAUCUGGGGGUGAUUCGUCGACCAGCCAUCAUUAUCGUAGAGCACUCAAAUGAUUAACUUUUAUAUGUGUACGUUGUAUUGCCUGCUCCCUUAUUAAGUGAAUAAAGAUUUAGUUUAAGAAUAA